UACAAAGAAACCCAUUGGUUGACAAUAAUUGUGAUAUAUCUGUCGAUACGGUCGAUAUAGAAUGUUCCAGUGCAAAUAUGGUACCAUAUAUGGAUCUAACUAAGAGUUCAGAAAGUUUUGAAAAUAAUAGUAAAAGUGUUCAGUGUUCCAUACAAUCUCCAACAAAGGCAAUUUUGAGAAAAAAAGUAAAAGUAUUACAACAACGCCUUAAGCGAAGAGAAACAAAAAUAAAAUCAUUAAAAAGUCUUGUUAUGCGCAUUAAGAAAAAUGUCCCAAUGUCAGAUGAUGUGACGACACAGCUUGAAGAACAUUUUGGUGGGAUACCGUUAGCUUUAUUACUGCAUGAACGCAAAACUAAAAAAAUUGGGAAAAAUGCCAUACGCUAUAGUGAUUCUAUGAAAGAGUUUGCUAAAACGCUUUUCUUCUAUUCUCCUUGAGCUUAUAAGUAUGUACGCACACAUUUUAGACUUCCUCAUCAUUCAACCAUUCGAAGCUGGAUGAGCACUAUGGAAUGUGAGCCUGGGUUUUUGGAAGGAGUCUUCAAAUUUUUAAAACUUGAAAUAACUCAAAAGACUUGGUUACAAGACUGUUCGUUGGUUUUUGAUUCUAUGUCGAUCAGAAAACAACUAAUUUGGGAACCUGAUAAAGGCAAAUAUGCUGGAAAUGUAGAAUUUGGUGUUGGUGAAAGUACAGAGCUAACUGCACAACAUAUUAAUUACAGAAAUUCAGUCAUGAAGGUCAAGCUUGCAGCACAAACGUUGAGUAGUGGGGUUGCCGAUGCAAUCGAAUAUUUGUGUCAAAAAGGUGAACCUUCUUUUACAAAUAGCCAAGCUACAGUUGAAUUUAUAAGAAAAAUUGACCGCCUAUUUGAUAUUCUAAAUUCUAGAAUACCAUUUUCUAAAGGUUAUAAGAGUCCAAUACACGCUGGUAAUAUCAACA